CACCAAUUCUGCCUCUUCCUCUCUCAGGGGGAGCUCAUUUUUUCUUUCCAUACAGAGUCCCUCAUUUCUAUCUCUCUUUCUCUGCAAUACUUUCCAAGAAGUAAUAAUGGAGAACAGCCAAGUAAAGCAACAAGAAGAUAUCGUCUUUCGCUCCAAGCUCCCUGACAUCUACAUCCCCAAGAAUCUUUCAUUGCAUUCUUACAUCUUUCAGAACAUUUCAGAUUAUUCAUCAAAGCCUUGUUUGAUCAAUGGCGCCACUGGCAGAGUUUACACAUAUGCAGAAGUUGAGAUCACUUCGCGAAGAGUUGCCUCUGGACUUAACAAGCUUGGUGUUAAACAAGGCGAAGUUAUUAUGCUUCUACUGCAUAACUCUCCUGAGUUUGUUCUUUCCUUUCUUGGAGCAUCUUAUCGCGGUGCCAUUGCUACAGCUGCCAACCCUUUGUUCACCUCGGCAGAGAUAGCUAAGCAAGCUAAGGCAUCCAAUACUAAACUUAUAAUCACACAAGCUGCCUAUGCAGACAAAGUGAAAGAGUUAGCCAGCGAUCAUGAUAUCAAGAUUGUGUGCAUAGACUCAGCUCCUGACGGUUGCUUGCAUUUCUCUGAGCUCUCGGAGGCUGACGAGAAAGAUUUGCCGGAGGUCGAUAUUGUCCCUGAAGAUGUGGUGGCGCUGCCAUAUUCGUCAGGUACAACAGGGUUGCCAAAAGGAGUUAUGCUAACACACAAAGGAUUGGUGACUAGCGUUGCUCAACAAGUUGAUGGAGAGAAUCCAAACUUGUAUUUUCACAGUGAAGAUGUGAUCCUAUGUGUGUUGCCAAUGUUCCAUAUCUAUGCGUUGAAUUCAAUAAUGCUUUGUGGGUUGAGAGUUGGGGCUGCCAUUUUGAUCAUGCCUAAGUUUGAUAUAAAUCUGCUACUGCAAUUGAUUGAAAAACAUAAGGUGACUGUUGCUCCGAUUGUUCCUCCAAUUGUUUUGGCCAUUGCCAAGUCCCCGGAAACCGAUAAGUAUGAUUUGUCGUCGAUAAGAAUGUUGAAGUCUGGAGCAGCACCUCUUGGUAAGGAGCUUGAAGAUACUGUAAGAGCCAAGUUUCCUACAGCUAUUCUUGGUCAGGGAUAUGGCAUGACAGAGGCAGGACCUGUGCUAGCCAUGUGCUUGGCCUUUGCAAAGGAGCCGUUUGAUAUAAAAGCAGGGGCAUGUGGCACUGUGGUGAGGAACGCGGAGAUGAAGAUUGUUGAUCCUGAAACAGGUGACAGUUUGCCAAGAAACCAGCCUGGAGAGAUUUGCAUCAGAGGAGAUCAGAUCAUGAAAGGUUAUCUUAACGAUCCUGAAGCCACAGCAAACACCAUAGACAAACAAGGAUGGUUACACACAGGCGAUAUUGGCUACAUUGACGAUGACGAUGAACUCUUUAUUGUCGAUAGAUUGAAGGAACUGAUCAAGUACAAAGGGUAUCAAGUUGCUCCUGCCGAACUUGAAGCUAUGUUGCUUGCUCAUCCUGACAUUCUUGAUGCUGCUGUUGUUGCAAUGAAAGAUGAAGGUGCUGGGGAAGUCCCAGUUGCAUUUGUAGUCAGAUCAGACAAGUCUAACAUCACUGAGGAUGAAAUUAAGCAGUAUAUUUACAAACAGGUGGUGUUUUACAAAAGAAUAAGUCGUGUAUUCUUCGUAGAAGCCAUUCCAAAGGCACCAUCUGGAAAAAUCUUGAGGAAAAACUUGAGAGAAAAAUUAGCAGCUGGUUUUCAAAAUUAAACAUGCAAGAUAGAGGACAGACAUCCCUCACCUUAAUUAUUUCAAACUUGGAAGCUAAUGGCUACAGCUGAUGCUGGGACUAUAAUGCAGGAGGUUGACGUAUAAAUAUAUAUAUAAAUAGAUAGAUAGAUAUGUACUAAACAUAAAUGCUGGUGUAAGCAAAAUAUGAGCUGCAAGCUCUUCCAUGUUUGUUCAUUUAUAUCUGAAAAAAAGAAAUGCAAUUUCUCUUCUCGCCUCGUUAUAAA